CGGACAAAUAUACAAGCAUAAUUUCGCGCCAAAAGUGGGUUAUUCAGUGUUUGUCUUCUGAGGCAAUUUUUGCGGAUAUUUUAUCCUAAUGGUUUGGUAUAUACUAAAACAAUUAUUCCCCUCAGUGUCGGUGGCUAGUAGUUGAUAUUUACCUCGCCGCGAACUAUGAACUACUAGCCACCUACAUAGAGGGGAAUAAUUGUUAAAUAUUCAGAAGUGCGCGUGUUGCGAAAAAAUAUUUGAAAUGAACAAUACUAAACACAACAGCCUCAAUUUGGCGCAAAAAUAUGCUCUGUGGUUGUGCUUGGAUAUUAUCUGUACCGAGAAGAGAACAGUUUUCCAUGAGCGUAGCUUGAGGCAAACUGUGAGCUUUGAGGAACAGAUAAUGUCGAAAGACAAGCCUCCGUGAAUAUUUUUGCGCCAAAUGGAGGCUGUUGUUUACAUACACGGUAAUUCCAUGCUGAGUAAGCCAAUGAAAACUCUUGAAUUGCAUUAUCCAAUGAUCCAUUUUUAAAUAAAAAGAUAAAUACUAUAAGAUAAAUUUAAACUGUGUAUAGAAGUUGUUCUAACUCCCUCUAGCUGCUAAGCAUUCAUCUUGCCCUGAUUUCACUUGUCCUUGUGGACCUUGUCGUCAUGCGCACUCUUGUAUAAGAACUCCGUGAAAUCAUAAGCCCAGCGACUGUGAAGCAGUUCAUAUCACCAAACUUUCCGCGUGAGCUAACCUCGCGUGCCUCGUCCAGGCAUUCAGUUGGGGUGCAGUGUGAAAAAAAAACGUAGGAGCGAAAAAAAGGAGACAGAGUCGUGGUGCAGGGAGCGGGCGCCGUCCCACUUGUUUGGGUAGGGUAUCGCGGGCAAGGGCGGCGGAGCCGCAAAUUGAGAGUCGGUGAAGCCGUAGAGAAGAAUCGGGCGAUUGCGGCUGCGCAGGACUGCGCCGCCCUUGCCCGCGAUACCGCAAUAUCCUACCCAAAGAAGUGAGCCUGCUCGCAGGCUCGCGCCGUCCCUCGUAAGGGAAAGCCCUGGGAACGAGGUUGCCUGUCUUUUGUAACCUCGCCUCCUCGGUAUUGCAACGCCUGCAACAUACUUGCAACUAGCUGCGUCAAUUAGCUGAGAUGUCGGCCAGCUGAGUCGAACAGCUGAGUCAACUACCCUAGUAUUCAGUGAGAAGGAGCUUGUGAGAGGGAAUUUUUGGAACUUAGCUCGAGUGGCAGGUUUCUGUAUGGUGAAGCGAAACAUAGAGACUGUUUUGCUUGUGUUCGUUUUCGUGGGAAGUUCGUCGGAAAUGGAGAAAGAUGUACGAUACGAUGCAGUGAUAUUGUAAGGAUACGUCCACACCUAGCUUGCAUUCUAUGAUACGGUCGUCCUCGAUUGAGGAUUGAUUUGAAGUGAACUUGUCACAAAAAGAUGCUUUUUGUUUGAAUAAUGAGGUCGUCAGGCACUUUGAGUUUCUUCAACAAAGGAGUUCUGAAAAGAGUGGCAGUUUUUGCUGUAUGCUUGUUCGUAUUUUGUGAAUAUCUGAUAUAUUACGUCGUGAUUUUACAAUGUUCUUGGCCUGAAAUGAACAACGAAGACAACCACAGACGAUCUGAGCCUUUAAAGGCAAUGUUUCUGACGGAUACACACUUGUUAGGGUCAAAAGAUGGCCACUGGUUCGACAAACUGAGAAGGGAAUGGCAGAUGGAAAGGGCUUUUCAAACGGCUGUCGCUCAUUUCAACCCUGACGUUGUGUUUUUACUUGGAGAUCUGUUCGAUGAAGGCAUGAAAUGCAGUGAUGAGGAAUGGGAUAACUAUAUCCAGCGUUUUCACAAGAUGUUUCGUCAUUCUGAGGAUACGGAAUUCUAUGUUGUGGUUGGAAAUCAUGACAUUGGAUUUCACCCUGAAGCCUCUAGUGACAAGCAUCUUUUUAAAAGGUUCUCAUCUGUGUUUGACUCUCCCUCAGUUAAACUACUCAGCUUAAGGGGAAAUCUGUUUGUUCUAGUAAACUCCAUAGCCCUGCAGGGUGAUGAGUGUUCAAUGUGCUCAGAGGCCAUGACUCAAUUGAUGGCUGUGGCUGAAAAAUUAAACUGUCACCGAGAGAGAACUAAGAAAGACAUCUAUGAAGACCUGGCAAAGAAACAGAAGCCAUUUUGUGAGCUGCCUAAAGAUUCUCCGGCACCUGUACUGAUACAGCAUUUUCCUCUGUACCGUCAAACAGAAGCAAUCUGUACAGGAGUUGAUGCUCCACCUCCCGAGGAAAAGCAAUCCAGGAAUAGAGAAAAAUGGGAAGUAGUAUCCAAAGAAAUGUCUUACAGACUUCUUUCACUGAUUAGGCCCCGACUGGUGUUGAGUGGCCACACCCAUCAUGGCUGCUAUCUGGUGCACAAGGAUGGCACCCCAGAAAUGACAAUUCCAUCAUUCAGUUGGAGAAACAGGAAUAAUCCAAGCUUUGUGCUGAGCAUCAUAACCCCAGACAAGUUUGCCUUGUCAAAGUGUUUCAUUCCACGGGAGAGCACUGUUAUUGCUAUGUACAUUAUAGCUGGAGUUCUGUUCAUUUUGAUGAUUUUGAGACUUACAUAUCUAUGCCUAAAAUCUCAUAGAAAAUACAGACUUUUUAUAUACAAUUCUUGCAUAAGAUAACGUUAGUUUUUGUUUACAAUAAAUUAUAGGUGUUUUUAAGGAACUUUAUGACUGAAUUUUAAAUUUUUCAUCUGAAUUUUAAAUUUUUCACUUAGAUGAAUGAAAUUACUCAUCAUUUUGUAACUCUCAAAUAUUUGCAAUGUGUCUGCUGUGUUUUUAUCUUAUUUUGUGCACCAAUUCUGCCUAUUUCAAUUCUUCUGCAUCAAUUUUUUUUGUCUGCUCAGACAAGCAAUGUGAACACAGUCAGUCAGUCAGUCAGUCAGUCAGUUCCUU